GUUGAAGUCAGACGACUUUCAAACGCUGAUUCCGGUGAAACACCUCCGACGUUGUCUAAAUAAGAGUUGCACAUUUAAGAAAAAUUUAGAAAAUGACGUUUAAACUUUUGAUUUUGACUGCUUUAAUUGCUGUCACAGUGGCUAAUAAAUAUGUUCCAGCUUACAAGCCAGGCUAUCCGGCAGCCAAGUACGACGACGUACCGCUCUGCGCAAAAAACAAUCCGAAGCCGUGGUGUCUCGAUGAUGAAGUUUACCCACUUUACGACGUCCAGAAGGCUUUGGAUCAACAUUAUCAAGAAGUCUUGGCGCUCUACAAGGACCUAAAGGCCAUCACACCCAACUCGGUCGACGGAUUGAAAGAUUUGUCGGAAGAAACGUAUCUGUGCCCGAGUUCUACCGCUUACGUUCAACCUAUGCGAGCUGUCAAUGUCGAUGGAAAGUGGCGUGUUAUUGUCAACAAAGUCGAGUCUUACAAUUACCAGUUCACCCAGACGGCCCGCAUCGAGGAAUGUGACAUCGAAAUCGGUUCUUCUUGUCCAUUGGUUCCUUCUUGCUACGACUCCAAAUGCGUCCAGAAGAAUGUUUUCCACCGUUUCUUGGUCUUUGAUCCUUACGAUUAUUACUUUCCCUUCGCCAUUGAAAAUUUCCAACUACCUGCUUCUUGCGGUUGUGUUGUUGGCGCCUUUUUCCUUUAAAAAGUCAGCUUGAAAAAAAAAUGUCAUUAAUAUAUUAACUGGCUGCACAGAAUAAACGGAGAAUUCGCAUCGCA